AUGAUGAAGCUCACAAUUGUUUCAGCUCUUCUCGUUGUGGUUGUCCUCACCAUGGGAGAGGCUUCAACCGCCUUUAGGACUAUCAUCAUUGAGGAGGAGACAGCAACUGGGAGCAACCCGAGGGGAAUGGAGGAUAUGUGCGUGGAUCAGUUGAUGAGUCAACAAAUGUUGUCUCAAUGUCAGAUGUGCGUAGAAAAGAUGGUGCACAAGAGUUUGAUGAACCCAAUGAGAGGGGAGGAGGAAUGCAUGGACAUGUGCUGCCAGCAACUUAGGAGCAUGGACGAGGAAUGCAGGUGUGUUGGAUUCAAAUCGGCCGUGCGCAUGCAGAUGCAGAGAGUCACCUCUAAGAGGAUCGAUGAGAAGAUUAUGCGCGAAGCAGAGAGGAUGUAUUCUCAAUGCAAUCUCUCCCCUCGCACUUGCCAUAUGAGGCAUCGUAGUGCGUAG